AUGUCAUAAAUUCUAGAUGGGUCAGAGCUUUAACUACCUGUUUAGUCACCAUUGCAAAAGCUGAUGAGUCAAGUAACAACCAAGCAUGUACUAAGUCCAAAUCCCUCUACCCCGUUGCAUCAUCCAGAAAAAGGAAAAGAAAAAAUCUUGAUGUCUGGUAUAGAGAGGCUGCUGAAUAGGAAAGUUGAAUUUGUUGGAGCACGAACAAUAAAACAGAUAUAAUGCAAAUCAGAAACAGUAAAUAUGCUCAACAGAAUUGGGCUACCGUUGGCUAAGAAAAUAAAAAAAGAAAAAUCAAUAAAACUUAGAAGGGAACUGAAACUCAGCAUUGAGAGGGAGACUUAAUAACUAUUAGAAUGCUCGCAUCCUGAAAAGGCAAGUACACUUUUGCAGACAUUCUAUGAACAGGAAAAAAGGGAGAUAGAGUUACGAAAAGAAAUGCUUAAGAAAAGACUUGAGGCAUCAAUAAAUGUUGUUGAAAUAACUUCUAAAAGAAGAGAAACUCGAGCGCAUAUUCCAGAUGUCAAAGACUACCAAGACAUGACUCUUGAAGACAACAAAGUACCCUCGCAGUAAAAGAAGCUGUUAAAUGAUUCUAACAACUUUAAGAGCAUAUAGAUAGAAACACUAAAUCACAACGAUAGCGGAGUAUUUAAAAGACAAGCAAUGACAGCCUAGAAUAGUGCUAGAGAAAGAACUGAACUCAGUACUUAAAUGAAAAGGUCUAUAUUUUAAGGUACUCAGAGUCUAGAGAGUUCGAAGUCUAAAUUUUAUGAACAGAAGUAAUAAGAGUAAAUCAGUGAAUUCAUUGACUCUAAUAUAAUGGGUAACAAGCCUAGUAAGGUUAAGACUUCUUUAUACACCAAUAUCAUUAGAAAUAUGGCGACCAGUUCUCAAUCUACAGCAGCAGCCAGUAUAAACAAAGGACCAAGCUAGUUAAAAAAGAUUAAAGAGGAAAGGACUCCAUCCUAAUUACAAAAAUCCUCAAGUUCUAUACAAGAAUAGCAAAGAUCUCUGACAAUACAUCCAGUGGCAAUUAGAAAUUCCUCAAAGAGGAGUUUCAGAGGCCCGCUUAUCCCUCAAAAUAAGGAUAUAAGUUCUUAUAAUCUGAAUCACUCACAGAGUAAAAAUAUAACAGACAGUUAAACAUUUCAAUCAGAGGAGAAAAUAUCAGAUUUCAACUCUCAAAGUCCCAAGAAAGGUGUGCGGUUUCACGAUAAGUAGCCUAAUAGUAAAAAUUUCUCAGGGGCUAUGUCAAAUGCAAGUGCACAUAUCACUCAUAAUAACGUCAAGGGGGAGUACUAGUUCAGAGAUAUUUCUGUGCUUUUAAAGAAGAAUUUCGGUCCUCGAUUGGGAAACACAAGAGAUGGUACAGCAUAAGAAAUCAAGUUAGCUAGAUUUAUGACACCUAAAAAGAAUGUGCUAAUUAACAAUUUAGCAACAUUUGAAGGUAAAGCCUAUGAUGAGAUCUUUGUAGUAGUGGAUUAGUAUCAGAGAAUUCUUGAUGAGAUUAACAACAUUAAAAUGCACUUAGCAAAGAGACCCUAGGGUAAUAGCUAAGCAUAAAUGGAUUUCAAAAAGUAGCAAUUAUACCAAAGUUGGCUUAAUGCCAUUGAGGUGUGUCAAGAGAACGGAGAUUUCACUCUGAUCUUUUAUUCAUAUAAGUUUGCAGGAGAAAUCUACCUAGAAUUCAAAGACUUCUAAGGAGCUAUCAAAUAGUUCAGACAUUUGAAAAAUCUCUGCGACGAGAAGCUCAAAUAUCGUGAGAAAAUUUAUGCAUUUGAGUAGAUAGGCGUCUGCUACAGGCUGAUUGAAGACUACAACCAAGCUAUCAAGUUUUUCAGGAAAUAAUUGGAGCUGUCAUGGGAAUAAAAUGACGAGAGAUCUGAGAUAUCAGCUUGUGAUUAACUAGCAGUCACAUAUUUUUAUCUAGGUGACAUGGAAAAAGCUCAUCACUUUAACGAUAGAAUGAUGAGGGGUAAAUUAGAAAAUGACUUAUCAGUCAUAAAAAGAGUGAGUAAAAACUUGAUUAUAUCAAAGAGAAAGAGGCCCAAAUAUGAAUUCUACUUGAAUCCUGAUCAACUUAAUGACUAUCUAAACAGAAAGUAAGAGCAACUCAGUGGAAAGAAUUAGGUUACAGUUGACUUUGGUUUAAGCAAAGCGUAUUAACUAUUACCACACUUCACAACUAAAGAAGAUGAGGAUUUGCUCUCAAAUGAUGAUGACUACGUUGAAUAUGGAGAAGAUGGCACAGCAAUUACCAAGAAAAAAGAAAAACCCAAAAUUCAGUCAGAGACUUUCAUAGUCAAUGGCCCAAAGUUCAUUACAGAGGAUCUUGUCUACUUAAAUGACCCUCCUCCUUAUCCAUAUCUACCAGUGACAGAUCCACUUCUAAAAAAGUAGAAAAUAUAUAAGAGACCUACUACCUAGAGCAAGAAGUAAAACAGUAAAAAUUUUUCGAUUAGAGACUACAUUGGUGCUGAGAUGUUUAAAUAUGACUUGGCACCUAGAAAUUCGCACAGUGCUCAGAGACCUAAACUUGAUGGACAUCAAAUUUUCCAUAACAUUAUUGAAAGAGUCAAGCAAACAGAUGGAGGGAAUAACAACUUAAAUAUGAAUCAAAGAGGACAAAGCACAGUGAAUCAUCUGAGUUUGCUAAGAACAAUGGCUAAGAAUCAAAUACUAUAUACAUUUACAGUUGAGGCUCUUGAGAAGAGUCUAGACGUUUUCAAGUCAAAUAUCCUCAAGAGACAAAUGCUGAUGUUCCUAAGAAAAUGGAAACUAGGAGUCGAGUAUGAGGAGAUAUGUUAUAAUCAUAAUUUUAACGCUAAAAUAGUUUCUCUCAUUAGGCAAUAGCAGAUCACUUCAAAAAAUAGUAGGCCUAUUACCUAAGUUAAAUUUUCUGAUAGGAAGUUUUAUGGUUAUGAAAAUGAGCUCACAUAUUUUGAUUUCUUCUUAAAAAAGAAAAGAGAAGAAAAUUAGGAAUAAGAAAUCAGAUUUUCAGAUAGUUAUGGAAAUUCAAAUACACCACUUAUCAUUACAGGAGACGAGGGCAGUGGAAAAUCAUCAUUAGUGAUUUAAUGGCUUAAAUAAUUGACUAACCCACUUAAAGUAGCUGUCGGCCAACCACACCCCAAUAAAAAUCACGUGAUAAUAUAUCAUUUCGCUGGUGUAUCCAACUGUGAUCUCAAGUAUUAAUCAUUCAUAUUCAGAACUUUGGUGAAAUUAAGGCAAGAAUAUGAUAUCCAGCAUAGAGUGGAGAUUAUUGAUGAUAAGCUAAGAAUGAAUUUCGCUAGAUGGCUUGAAUUAGCAAGUCAGAAACACGAAGAAAGAUUAGAUCCUGAUAGCAAAAUCAUACUAAUCCUGGAUGGCCUUGAGAAUUUUCACGAUGUUGAUACCUAGGGAGAAGAGUCAGCUGAUUGGAUUCCAUGGACUUUUCCAAAUCAUAUCAAGGUUAUACUAAUGACAAGAAAAAACUCAAAAGCAAUGAAUCAUUUCAAGCUAAGAAAAUAUCCCAUCAUUUACAUGAAUGGAGUUAGCACUUAAGAAAUUUCUUCAAUGAUUGAAGAUUAUGCCAGAUCUGAUUCAGGAAAGCAAAUAAGUACGAGGCUCCUUGAUCAAGUCAAAUAAGAACUGAUCUUUAAAGUAGGAUUAUCGCAUUAGGAAAGUUUUAUUAAUCCAGAUGAAUUGAAAGAACUGCAGAGUUUAUCAUAUAUUCCACCUUCUCCAGGUACUAAUGAGGUAUCCUCUUAUUCAUUAAUGGAAAAUAAGGUGAAAAAACCAGCAUUCACACUAUUCUAAGGACUCUAAGCUAUGAAUCAAAUGAAUCCAAAAUAAAAUUCAUAUGAUCCAUCAAUGAUAAAAAAUUAAAGCAUGACAAUAGCUACGAAUGUGAAUUAAGCCAACUAAAAUACUGUAUUCCAAAUUCCUAGCUCACUGCCAGAGCUCAAAAGUAUGAUAUAAGAUCCCUUUAAUUCAAAGUCUAAUCCUUUGGUAGUAAAAGGUAUCUUGAAUUUCUGUUUGCUCUACAAUAAAUAUCAAAGCAGAGAUGAUGAGUUAUUCAAGGUAGUACCUUUAGAUCCAAGAUAAGUUUUGGAGAGCAGAUCGCUGAAGCAAAUGUUCAUCACAGCUAUCAAUCAUUUUAGACUUUACUUAUUCACCAUCUCGUCAAAUAACACUGCUGAGGAACAAUACAAGUUUGAUACUCUUAUAGGAUACAUCUAUGUAUCAAGAAAGGGGGUUACGGAGAAGGAGUUAUUUGAGUUAAUACCUAGUUUAAGUGACUAGCAGUUUCAAAGAUUUAUGUCAGUCUUUGGAUUCGCCUUGGUUAAGGAAUAAGAACAGAUCUUUAUCAAACAUUCAAGCUUUAAAAAAGCAGUGAGGGAAAGUGUUCAGCUCAUUAAGAAUGAAGAUUAAAAGAUAGUUCUUCACAGAAAUUUGUCAACGGUCAUAGAAAAAGAGACAUUUUCUCUGAGAUAAAUAGAUGAACUCUCACACCAAUAUUUCAUGGGUAAAUGCUGGAUUAAACUUAAAGACUUAAUUUCUAACAUCGAAGUGUUUUCAAUUAUGUUUGUGCCUGAGAUUAAACAUGAACUUGCAUCUUACUGGCAAUGCCUUGAAUAGCAUAAAUAUGAUCCUGUUGCAGAAUAUAAUAAAGCUCUUGAGGGAUUUGUAGUAAAGUAUCGCCCAAACAAUCAAGAACUUUUUGUGAUUCUCAUUCAACUCUCUAGAUUCUUUAAAGAGCUGGCUGACUUAGAAACCAAAUACACUCCUUAGUUUAAGCAUCCCCCACUCAGAGGCCAAAGUGAGCUUGAAUCUAUCACACUCUUGGGAGAGCUCUAGAAGUUAGAUGAUCUAUACAACCCUCAUGCAAAUUCAACUGCAGUUAGUUCAAUUGUCAACGAACCUCUUCUGGGUGAUGUUGAGCAUUUUAACGUAGAUAAUACAAUUGUUAGAGAGCAGAUUAUGAAUAAAAUCAAGAAAGAACUAGAAGACUCCAAGAAUGAGAAAGCUAAAGAUAAUCUCAACAACAAAAAUGGAGGUACUAGCUCCUAGAUAUACUACUACUACAAGAGAUGGAUUUGGGUUUAGUUUCCCUGGUGUACGAUAGAUGUGUACUCUAACUUAUCAAAUAUUAUGGAAAUGUCAAUGGGCAGUCACACUAACUAUAUUUCUACUGCUAAGGAAAAUGAGCUAGUCAACGGAACAAUACAGAUUUUGAAAGAAGCUAAAUUGAGAAAGAAAAAUAACAGAGCCGCCCUAAAUCAAAGCUCAGCCAACGCUUCUCAAGGAAAAAGCUCUAAAAACACAAGAUCAUUGUCUCCAAGCAGAAACACAAACAAGAAUAAGCUUAAUCUAUCAGCUGCUACCCCAAUGAAGAUGGAACUUAGAAACAAUCUUGUCAGAAAAUAGACAUAAAAUUUAGGAGGGAAUACUCAAAACAAUGGCUCUACACUUCCUCCAAUAGCUCCUUAAUCAGCUAAGAAUGCAUAGCAGAGCUUUCCGUAUUAAUCAAGAUUUAGCAAAAAUCAAAGCUUUAAAGUCGGAUAUAGAUCAACUUCAGCGGGAGGUCCACUUAAAGAUCCUAUGUCUAAGUCAAUGAACCACAGAAAUUUAUUGUCUUUAUCACUUGAUUCUGAGGAUAAGAAAUCGCCUGAAAAAAUGCUUACGAAGCUAACAGACAAGAUAAAUCUCAUUGAAAAAUAGGAAUUGCUAAAUUUAGAGCAGCAAAAUAUGGGAAUGGGCUCAGAUCUUAAUUAAAUUACUUUUCAAAUUCUGAGAAAAGAGAAAGAGUUAAGAUACCUUUAAGAGCUAUAUGAAACGCUGUAAACUGAGGAAAAUCUAAAUCAAUAAGAGAAAGUAAAGUUAGAAACAACUGAAGCUAAGCUUCUAAAAGCUUAUGAAAACUUGAACAGAGUAGAAGUAGAAAAGAAGCGUUUAGAAUAGAUAUUUACCGUGUGUCAGAGGAAUCCAGCUAAAAACCAAGAAUGGAUAAGAAAUUUGGAGUCCUAAGUAGAAAGUAUGAGAAAAUUAGUCAGAUAUCAAGAGCUUUAAAUACAAUAAUACAAGACUGAAUGCGAGGAUAAUUCUAGAUAAAUGAUAGAAGUUCAAUAGUAAAUGGAGGAGAAGAGAAAACUAAGAGAAUAAGCUAUAUACAAAGUUACAAAUAUUAUUGAAAAGAAGAGAUAACUUGAUAUUAGAGUUGCUGAGGUAGAGGAGCAAAGAACUUAAAUCCUCAAAGGAAUGGAAGGACCAGAAAAAAUAAUUAAUAAGCUAAAAUAAAGAUAAGUAGUAUACAGGAAAUGGAUAGCAAAGCUGCAAGUGACUAAGGCUUUUGUGAAUGAGAAGAAAAACUACUAUGAAAGAGCAUUUAGAAAGAUUACAGCUGUUACUGGAAUAUCAAAUCCAAAUGACAUCGAAGGGCUAUUAGGGUUUAUUGAAAGGACCAAUGAUCUGCGAAAGACAAAGUAAACUAGAGAAAGAAAGGUUGACUAAAUGAAACUGGAAAAACUUAGACUUGAAGAUGAAUUGAGAAAUAUAUAGAAUGGCUAGCCUUAAUACGAUCAUACUGAUAUUGAAUAGCUCUAGAAUAAGCAACAGGAAAAGGAUAAGGGUUUGAGAGAUCUUAAAGAUCUCACACAAAGGACAUUAUUCUAAAUCGCUGACAUGAAGAGUGGAAUAGUAAAUGUUGCUAAAAAACUAGGUUUAAAAGGUGUAGAAAUAGACAAGUAAAAUAUGUCAGACUACAUUGAAAAGAUACAUGAGAGAUAUAAUGCUAUAAUGAGAAGUGUUUAAAUUAAACAGCAAAGAAUGGAUUUUACUAUGAUUAUAGAAGAAGCUGAGGCGAAUCAAUCUCAGAGAGAUAAUGACCAUGAAAGGAGGUCGGGGACAGAAUCAGCAAAUUUAAUGAGGCAAGAUUCAAAGUAGGUAACAGAUCUUGUAACUAACAUGAAUGAUGAUAAGGUCUCUGCAGUGAAUAAUUUGAGCAGUUAAGCUGAAACUCCAAUAAGGUAAAGAAAGAGAUAGCCGAAGUAAACAAAAGCUUUGACGUAAUCUGACUAAAGUGCAAAUAACUAAAAUCAGGAGAAUCAGAACAACCUAAACACAACAAUUAAUUAGAUUCACUAACUGCACUCAAGAGGUGAGAAGAACGAGGAUUCAGAAAUCGAAGAGAGAAAUCAAAUGAAGCAUGAUAGAAUGAAGGUUAAGGAACUUCUUGGAAUGCUCAAAACUAGAAAUUCAAGCAGUGGGGCUUUAGCAUUGUUAGCAAGUAGUUCGACUUAGAAAUUAAGGUUGAAGUCGCCAAGGCAAGUUAGCCAAUCAAUUGACUCUGAUUCACUAAAUCUUUCCGCCUUGCCUGCACCAGGGGGUAAAAGGAUAAGCAAAUUGGUCUCUCAAAAUUUAAACAAGAUAAUAUUUCACUAGAUAGGGUAAAACCAGGAUAAAUUACAAAACAUCUCAAUCAUUGAUAAAAAGCCACCAACAUCCUCAAUGCAAAGUUCAAUUUAAAAGGCAAAAAAUUUAAUCAAAUCAGUUAAGAUCUUAAAGCAAUAAUGA